CUCCUCUGCCCCCUACUCCCGCACUUGGUACUUUCUGGGCCGGAAACCCCUCCAUGGAUGCUUCAUCCCUGGGCACAGGGACAGCCGAGGGCUCCCAAGUGCGUCAUCCCCCCACUGAGGUUCUGGGGAGGACAGAGGUAUGAGGUCACCUGCAGCCCUCCGUCUGCUCACUGGCCAGACAUAGGUUUGGGUGGACUGGCAGGCGGUGGGCUGCCCAUGAGAGGAUGGGUGUGGGGGGGUGGACACCAGCCGUGGUGGUGGUUUGAGCCUCCGCAGUCCCCUUCUGCCCUUGAGCUGCUGAGAAGACCACCUGCCCCACCCCCCGGGCUGCAAGGAGCACCUGGUCUGAGGAGUGAGAUGUGGGGGCCUGACUGGGAUGCCUUCAGACACCCCCCUGCCCCGUGAGCUUGGGGUCCCCUCCUCAAAGCCCCUGGCUGUUGGGGAAGGACAGAAUCUUCCCAUGAAUGCCGAUGGCAGAGGAACGGGCCUGACUCCAGGUGUUCUAUCUCUGUGUCUGUGGGCAAGCCUGCCUCCCUCUCUGGGCUUCUCCGGACAACUGACCCAAGGGCUCCAGACUGCCUUGGCUGCACUGACCACUGGCCCACCUGCUGGCUCAGCUUCAGGGGAACCAAGCUCCAGCUGGCUUCUUUCCGGCAGCAAGUGCAGAGCUGAAGCGCUGCAGCAUGGCGCGCGGCUGCCUCCAGGGCGUCAAGUUCCUCAUGUUCGCCUUCAACCUGCUCUUCUGGCUGGGGGGCUGCGGCAUCCUCGGUGUUGGAAUCUGGCUGGCUGCCACCCAGGGGAACUUCGCCACCCUGUCCUCCUCCUUCCCGUCCCUGUCGGCUGCCAACCUGCUUAUCGUUACCGGCACCUUUGUCAUGGCCAUUGGCUUCGUGGGCUGCAUCGGGGCCAUCAAGGAGAACAAGUGCCUCCUGCUUACCUUCUUCGUGCUGCUGCUGCUGGUGUUCCUGCUGGAGGCCACCGUCACCGUCCUGUUCUUCGCCUACACUGACAAGAUUGACAGGUAUGCCCAGCAGGACCUGAAGAAGGGCCUGCACCUGUACGGUACCCCAGGCAACGUGGGCCUCACCAAUGCCUGGAGCAUCAUCCAGACUGACUUUCGCUGCUGCGGGGUCUCCAACUACACUGACUGGUUCGAGGUCUAUAACGCCACUCGUGUGCCCGACUCCUGCUGCCUGGAGUUCAGUGAGAGCUGUGGUCUUCACGCACCUGGCACCUGGUGGAAGGCGCCAUGUUACGAGACCGUGAAGAUGUGGCUCCAGGAGAACCUUCUGGCUGUGGGCAUCUUUGGGCUGUGCACGGCACUGGUACAGAUCUUAGGUCUGACCUUCGCUAUGACCAUGUACUGUCAGGUGGUGAAGGCGGAUACGCACUGUGCGUAGGCCGCCCGCUGCCGGCCGCCUCUGCCUCACCGCCACAGGACGCGGCCCACGGGGAGAGGACCGCGUCCCCACCUGCCUCUCCUGCUGCGGGACUCGGCGCCGACCCUCAGCCAGCCCUGUGACACACUGCGCUGGAGGGGGUGGCCAAGCACUGGCAACGCGGGCAGGGCUGGGGGCGGGAGGGGCUUCUGGCACUUUUCAUAUCCAUGUAUUCUCCAGAGCAGUGUUCUCCCCCCUGGCUGGGGGUCAUUCCCAGGUGGGGGUGGCGGGCCGACCGCUGGUCCUGGUGCUUACGGUGGGGUUGCGGCCCCACCAUCCACAUUCCACAGCAGAGCCAGGGCAGGCUCUGGGUGCAUCUUUAAUAAAGUGCGUGGACGACA